AUGGCAAUUCAACACUCUAUCAUUUUACUUGCAUUUCUUCUUCAAUUCUCAUCACUGCAAUUUCCCUCACUCGGAUUAUACAAUCCCCAAAAGACAUACUUCAUCAACUGUGGAUCAGAUAACAACGUUGAACAAAAUAACAACGAUUAUAUUGGAGAAUCAAAGCCUAAUUACCCUAAAAAAAUAUUCGGCAUAAGCUCCACAGUCACUUCUCAAUCAUCUCCUGGUCUUACCACUUUCUUUCUCUACUUUUAUGACAAAGGGAUGAUGGAAGAUAUUAUCGAUCCAUCCAUUAAGGGACAGAUUGAUCAAAACUCAUUGAGAAAGUUUAGUGAUAUAGUGGAAAAAUGCUUACAAGAGGAUGGUUCUGAUAGGCCUUCAAUGGGUGAUGUGUUGUGGGACUUGGAAUAUGCUUUGCAGCUUCAGAGAGGUGAAAUACAUAGACAACCUCACGAGGAUAGUUCAAGCAGUGCUUUGGUAUCAAUUCAAUUGUCAAAUGUUCGCCGUUUUCCUUCGCUUUCUACACCGAGUGAAAAGGAUGACAUGUCUAUUGGAAGGGUUACUGAUGAGUCUGAUACUGCAGCAGAUACUGUUUUCUCUCAGUUGAAAAUUGGCGAUGGUAGGUAG